CACGUACGAGUACCUGCCGAGUAAAAUUUUGAAGCUAGAACCGUACCUAUCGAAGAUACGCAUUUGACAAAAUACCAGUAAUCGAUACGGAUCACGCUUGAUGAUUCGAAAUGAAUAUUUUUCGCGGCUGUGGUGGACGCAGCAGCUGCAAAGCUGGCGAUUCCGAACUUCGUAAAUUACUCGUGUACGCGAUUUUCUUCUCUUUGUUUGCUCAAGUUUAUACAGUGGUCAUCGAAUGGGGUCUGACAUCUCUGAAUGAACUCAACAAAAACAGAAACAAUUGGUACACUCCGCAAGGAGGAAACUCGGCUAAUAUUGACCUUUCGAGAGGGGGACAAGUAGCUUUUGUACCAGCAUUUGGUGGAGGUUACGGAGGUUACGGAGGCUACGGAGGCUAUGGACUUUACAAUCGAGCCUAUCCUCAAGGUGAAAUAAACCUAAUCCUACCCAAAUCCAAAGACACUUCUUCCGAAGAACACGACCACAAAAGAAAACGUCAUCAUUCCGAUGACGACUCCGAUUACGAACCAAAACGCCACCAUGCAGAAGAACCCGAACACCACCCUCAACAUCACGAAUCGGCUAAAGAAAAGCUCAACAAUGAACACGCCGAACAAGCUGAAAUUUCAGUUCAAAUGGCUGAGUCGUUAGGUCGAAUGAUCGACUUCAAGAAAUCGCAAAUCGGUUCACAUGUCGAAAUGAGGGAUAAAGAGCUAAGUCGAGGAAAUGAAGACGCGGCCAGAAAGGAGCAGGCGAUUAUCGAUAUUUACCAAGACCAGAUUAAGUACCUGGAAGGCAUACAGAAGGCCGAAGAAGCUAUAGCUGCUGGCGAAGCUGAGAUGUACUACGAUAACGAUGGUGCUGGAAAGAAACACGGUCAUCACGAUAAAGGACAUGGGCAUCAUCCUGAUCACGAAAGUCACAAGUCGCAUGACGCAGAUGAACCAAGGCACCACGGCGGCGACGAUGAUGACGAAGAGCCCAGACAUCAUGGCGAUGAUGAAGAUGAAGAUGAAGAACCCCGACAUGGUCAUCACAAAGAUGAGGAUGAGGAUGGUGAUGAUGAUGAUGAAGAACGUGGACGUGAUCAUGAUAAUGGUGAAGACGAGCAUGAAGGUCCUGAAGAACAUGAUGGCAAUGGCGAAGGACACAACAACCAAGGAAACCAUCACGAAGGAGGAGAACAUCAAGGACACCAUCAACAAGGUGAAGGACACCACGGUGGCAACGACGACGAAGACGAGUUCCACGACGCCACAGAAAAAUUCGACGAAGACCAAGAAGGCAAACACAAACUUGAUAAGAGAUCCCCCUUCGUAUCUUCCUUCUUCCCCUCCUUAGAUGCUACCACAGCUGAAGCAAACGCCAAAGCAGACGCGCUGGCUACUGACGUCAAAUCCCAAGCCGACUCUGCAGUCACUUCUACUACACCUUCAUCGACAACCCAAGUCUCAGCCACAGCUGAUGCAACCGCAUCAGGAGGCUCUGCUCCAUACGCAUCAUCAACCGCAUCAGCUACAACUACCACUGCUCCUUCGGUAGUAGAUCCAAAUGCGAACUCCAACAGCUGGUUUUCAUGGUUUGGUUCAUCCAACAAUCCCAAUUAUUCUCCAUACACCCUGUUGAAAUAUUUAUCGCCUGUGGAUACAUCUCCGGAUAGUCUGAUGAGCAUGUUCAACGUCUUCUCGGAUCCGUCCAAUAGUUCGUAUCUCUCGAACGCUUCGACUCUGUUGAGGAUCGUCAUGUUUUUCAUGCCUGGUACUGGGAUCGUCGAUCAGGUCUAUUUUACCAUGGCCUUGUCUAAGAUCAUGUGGGAGGCUGCGACUAUGUAUUACGAUGGAUAUGGUACGACUGAGAUCGCUGUCGUUGUGCUGGGUGAGAUGUUCGAAGCUUCCUAUCUCAGUCGUCGAGGAGAAGAUUCCAUCAUCAGCCAAAAGAUCCUUACUCCAGGUGAUACGAUCAACAUAGAAGGAAUGGACCCUCCUGUUUUUUUGAAAUACGUUAAAAACAUGACGUAUCCCAAAUUGAAGGAAGAACAGGAAGAGAAACUAGAAAAGGAUAUCGAUAACUUGGUGGCCAUCACGUACCCCAAUAUUUCGUCCGAGUUGAAAACCACAUUUACUGCAGGCCUGAAAGAUACUCUCAAAUUUUUGUCCCUUUUCAAUGUCCAAGGAGACUUGCACGUGGAAGGCGUGGACGUUAAUUUUUCCAGUGUUUAUAAAAAUAUGCACUCUGCUUUCGACGACUCGCCCAUAGAGAAAAUCAAGAAAACUAUUCUCAGUGCUAUAGACGCGGUGAAAUCUAAUUUUAAUUGAUUUUUGACCAUUUACAGAAUUAAUAAUUUAUUUCGAGUAAAUAUACUUCGUUUACUUUUU